GGAAAUGGAGAGUCAAUGACAAGCUGCCGGGUUUGGUGUGUCGGAAACAUCGAAAGGAGACUUUUAUCAGCCUUUAUCACAGAAAGGUCUGCAUCAUGGCCAGGUAGCUCUUGAGAGCAAUGGGGUUUUUCCGACAGCUUGGCCUCCUGCUCUGGAAGAAUGUCACAUACCGCAGAAGGAACAAGAUCCAGCUGAUCAUCGAGCUUCUCUGGCCACUCUUCCUCUUCGUCAUCCUCAUUUCUGUUCGUCAUUCACACCCUCCCUACAAACAGAGCCAAUGUCACUUUCCAAACAAAGCCUUGCCAUCAGCAGGCACCUUGCCCUGGAUUCAGGGCAUUAUCUGCAACAUCAACAACCCCUGCUUCCACAGCCCGACACCAGGGGAGACAACGGGCCAAGUUGGCAACUUUGACAACUCCAUAUUGUCUCGUCUCUUCGUGGACGCCCAGACUGUUCUGUCCUACAGUGGAAACCGGAGCCUCUCCGGCUUUCAGGACCUGAUGGAGAGUGUCCGAAGGCUGGGAGAGAGACCUGGAGUCUGGCCAAAUCUCCCAGUGGGAGAAUAUCUGAGGGCCAAUGAGACGUUCUCCACCUUCCUCCUGACCAAUGGCAGCUUGUCACCUAUGACUGUCGACCAGCUGCUGAAGGCUCGUCUCAAUUUUCAGGUUUCUGUGGCUGGAGCUCAGAUGCAGCUGAAGGACUUGGUGUGUAAUGCGAGCAUGUUGGGACAGUUUCUAACGGUGGACGGAGGAGAAGCAGCCAUGAAUAAUCUUCAGACUCAGCUGUGUAACCUGCCAGCUGAUGUCCUGCAGGAGGCUGAACGCCUUUUCCUCUCUCAGCUUGACUUUACCAAGUUUUUCACGAGAGAACGUCUGAUGUCUAACGCUGGAGACCUCAGGGUCAUCAGUCAGGCUGUCACCUCAGUUUCCCAGGAGCUGGCUGUCCUCAUCGAUGAUUUCUCCUCUCUCUCCAGCUUCACGGACAUGGGCGCAGCUCUUCGUCUUCUGUCUCCCGAGAAUCGCUCUGCGCUGCCCAAGGAGAGUUUCCGUGCUUUUUCGAGGAUCAUGUGCGGUCACCCUGAGGUUGGCGGUGAGCGCAUCCCAUCACUCAACUGGUAUGAGGACAAUGACAUCAAGUCCUUCUUGGGAAAAAAUGGCACUGAGGACACAGACCUGGACGGUGACAACACUACUACUCCGUUCUGUAAAAGUUUGAUCCAAGGAAUGGAGUCCAACCCUCUGUCCCGCAUUGUGUGGCGAGGAAUAAAACCUCUGUUUAUUGGAAAACUGCUGUAUACACCAGACACUCCUGCAGUGCGACAAGUCAUGAAAGAGGUGAACAAGACUUUUGAGGAUCUGCAGAUCCUCCAGGAGCUUAAUGAAGCCUGGAUGGAGGUCGGACCACGAAUCAAGAAUUACAUGGAGAGCAGUGUGGAAAUAAAGCUGCUGCAGGAUUUGUUGAGACGGCCAGAGUUUGCAGUACUGGUCAACAUGCGUCUGGAGAACACGUCCUGGACAGCCUCACGGAUUGCACGUUUCCUUUCCACACCCUCGCCAGACACCCCAAGGAAGCCCGGUGCACCUCCUACCUGGUUGGACGUCUACAAUGACCUCAGUCAUACCAUCACCACCCUUGCACAAGUCACUGAGUGUUUCUCUCUCAACAAGCUAGAGGGCUUGGAGACCGAGGGUCAGAUGAUUGACAGGGCUCUGGAGCUGCUGGAGGACAGGCAGUUCUGGGCGGGUGUGGUCUUCCUGCUGCCCAACUCCUCAUCCCCUGAACUGCCACCUCACGUCACCUACAAAAUCCGAAUGGACAUUGACGAUGUCACUCGGACCAACAAGAUUAAGGACAGGUUUUGGGAUCCCGGUCCAGCAGCUGACCCAUUUAAUGACAUGCGCUACAUAUGGGGUGGUUUCGUAUACGUCCAAGACCUGGUGGAGAGAGCUGUGAGCCGCAUCCUGACGGGAGUGAAACAAACCACGGGCAUCUACAUCCAGCAGAUGCCCUACCCCUGUUAUGUGGAUGAUGUUUUCCUUCGAGUACUGAACCGCUCUCUGCCACUCUUCAUGACACUGGCCUGGAUCUAUUCGGUGGCGAUGAUCAUCAAAGGUGUGGUGUACGAGAAGGAGGCAAGGCUGAAGGAAACCAUGAGGAUUAUGGGUCUUGGAACGGGAACGCUGUGGCUCAGCUGGUUCAUCAGCAGCAUAAUUCCUUUCCUGGUCUCUGCAGGGCUCCUUAUUGCUCUGCUCAAGUGGGGAGACAUCCUGCCAUACAGCGACCCAGCUGUUGUGUUUUUCUUCCUGACAGCCUUUGCCACGGCCACCAUCAUGCAGUGUUUCCUCAUCAGCACCUUCUUCUCCAAAGCCAACCUGGCUGCAGCGUGUGGAGGGCUCAUAUACUUUGGGCUCUAUCUGCCAUACGUACUGUGUGUGGCCUGGAGAGACCGCCUCAACACCACCCACCGAGUCUUUGCUAGUUUCCUCUCACCUGUUGCCUUUGGCUUUGGCUGUGAGUAUUUCUCUCAGUAUGAAGAGCAAGGUGUCGGCAUCCAGUGGUACAACCUCCACUCCAGCCCUGUGGAAGGAGACUCGUACAACUUCACUACCUCUAUAGUCAUGCUUUAUAUCGAUGCUUUCAUCUACGCCACAGCGGCCUGGUACAUCGAAGCAGUGUUUCCUGGUGAAUAUGGGAUCCCCAGGCCUUGGUACUUCAUCUUCCAGGUCAACUACUGGGGGGGAGCCCCACUGGAGGCAGGCAUGCCGAUUCCACCUGCACCUACAGAUCAGGACGAAGAUCAUAUUGAACCAGAGCCCUCUAACCUGAUCCUCGGAGUGAGCAUCAGAAACCUGGUGAAGAUCUACAAAAAGGGCGCCAAACUUGCCGUCAAUCACCUCAACCUGAAGUUCUACGAGGGGCAGAUCACAUCGUUCCUCGGCCACAACGGUGCCGGCAAAACCACCACCAUAUCUGUCCUGACUGGCCUGUUUCCACCCACCUCGGGCACUGUAUACAUCAAGGGGAUGGACAUCCGCCAUGACAUGGACAUCAUCCGGAGGACGCUGGGAGUAUGUCCCCAGCACAAUGUCCUGUUUGACAUACUAACAGUGGAGGAGCAUGUGUGGUUUUAUGGUUGUCUGAAGGGUUUGUCUGAAACAGAGGUGAAAGCUGAGCUGGACACACUGCUAGAAGAUGUCGGUCUGCUGCACAAACGACAUGAACAGACCAAAAACCUCUCAGGUGGCAUGCAGAGGAAGCUGUCUGUGGCGAUCGCAUUUGUCGGCGGCUCUAAGGUGGUUGUUCUGGAUGAGCCUACUGCUGGGGUUGAUCCUUACUCCCGCAGAGGGAUCUGGGAUCUGCUUCUCAAAUAUCGCAAAGACCGGACCAUCAUCCUGUCCACCCACUACAUGGACGAAGCUGAGCUGUUAGGUGACCGGAUCGCCAUCAUCUCUCAGGGGAAGCUGUGCUGCUGUGGCUCACCACUCUUCCUGAAAUCCUGCCUCGGAUCUGGCUACUACCUCACUGUGGUGAAGAGGGAGGGACUGGAUACCAGCACUCCCAGCAGUACCAGUAUCUGCACCAGCAACAGCAUCAGCACCAACAAGCUGCCUCCUCUUAAGGACAGCGAGUCAUCCAUGAGUGAAGACACCGGCUUAGGAAGUGAGGAGAGCAGCUCAUACCUGGCGGCGUUGCUCUCACUGGCACAGCACCACAUCCCGGGUGCGAGGCUGGUGGAGGAGUCAGCACGCGAAGCAGUGGUCAACCUGCCGCAGACGGCUGCCAAAGACAGCAGCCUGGCCGUUUUCCUGUCUGAACUGGAUCAGAGGCUGACCGAGCUGGGCAUCAGCAGCUACGGGUUGUCAGACAGCGCUCUGGAGGAGAUCUUUUUGCGAGUGGCAGAGGAAACUGGUGUGGAUGUUGAGCCAGAGCUGCAGGCUGAAUCCCCCCACAGGCUGCAGCCCUCUGCUGGGCAGAGAGCUGAGACACAACGAGUUGAGGAACCAGAGACAGAACCUCAGGAGACAGACCUGCUGAGUGGAGAUGGCCGAGGUGGGAUCCCGCUGACCGGCUGGUGGCUGACCUGGCAGCAGCUGAGAGCUCUCUUUGUGAAACGCUGGCUUUAUGCUCGAAGGAGCCGCAGGGGCUUCUUUGCUCAGAUCGUCCUGCCUGCUGUGUUUGUGCUGGUCGCUCUGCUCUUCAGCCUCAUUGUUCCUCCGUUUGGAAAGUAUCCCGCCCUGCAGCUGCAGCCCUGGAUGUACGGAGAACAGUACACCUUCUUCAGCAACGAUGCACCUGGAAACCCGGCCAUGGAGAACCUACUUGAAGCUCUGCUUGAUCAGCCAGGUUUUGGCACCAAGUGUAUGGAGAAAGAGGAAGAAGACAACAGCACGAGUCCUCAGUGUAAAGGCAAGCGGGGUGGCUUGUUCAUUCGACCACAGGUUUCCUACUCCACCUGGCAGAUGUUCAGCAGAGGCAACUGGAGCAAAGACACACCAUCUCCUGAAUGUCUGUGUAGCACAGAGGACGUUCGCAGGAUGCUCCCCGACUGCCCGCAGGGUGCCGGUGGACUUCCACCUCCACAGAUUAAGAGGCUGACCGGAGACAUCCUCCAGAAUCUGACAAGUUAUAACAUCUCUGAUUACCUGGUGAAAACCUACUCUCAGAUCCUCAAGAAAAGCCUAAAAACCAAGAAGUGGGUGAAUGAAUUCAGAUACGGAGGUUUCUCCCUCGGAGGAAGCUCCACCCAGACUUUAUCUCAGGUCCACCAUGUACAAGACUCAGUCACAGCGAUCAGGACUCGUUAUCGAGUUGCACAGAACAGCUCACUGGAUCAUCUGCUAGACAGACUGCCAGAUUUUCUAGGAGGACUGAACAGUCAAAACAAUAUCAAGGUUUGGUACAAUAACAAAGGAUGGCAUGCCAUGGUGUCAUUUGUCAACGUGAUGAACAACGGCAUGCUGAGAGCGAGUCUGCCACCAGGACCAGAGAGGAGGAGACACGGCAUCACCGCCUACAACCAUCCGCUCAACCUCACCAAGGAACAGCUCGCGGAAAUGGCCAUGAUGACCACAUCAGUGGAUGUUCUGGUUUCCAUCUGCGUGAUCUUUGCUAUGUCCUUUGUGCCGGCCAGUUUUGUCCUUUUUCUGAUUGAGGAGCGAGUCAGUAAAGCCAAACACCUUCAGUUUGUCAGCGGGGUCAAACCGGUCCUCUACUGGCUGGCCAACUUCACUUGGGACAUGCUGAACUACACUGUCCCGGCCACCAUGGUGGUUUUGAUCUUCAUCUGCUUCCAGCAGAAGUCGUAUGUGUCAGAGACUAACCUGCCCGCUCUCGUCCUGCUCCUCCUGCUCUACGGGUGGUCCAUCACCCCUCUGAUGUACCCAGCGUCCUUUGUGUUCACCGUCCCCAGCACAGCCUAUGUGGUCCUGACCUCCAUCAACCUCUUCAUUGGAAUCAAUGGCAGCAUUGCCACCUUCGUCCUGGAGCUGUUUGUUGACGAGCAUCUGAAUGAGGUGAACAGGAUCCUGAAGAAAGUGUUUCUCAUAUUUCCUCAUUUCUGCCUGGGACGAGGACUCAUUGACAUGGCCAAAAACCAGGCCAUGGCAGAUGCCUUCCAGAGACUGGGGACAAAACAGACUCUGGACCCUCUUCAGUGGGACUUUGUGGGGAAGAACCUGUUUGCGAUGGCAGCUGAAGGUGUUAUCUUCUUCAUCUUCACCAUACUGCUGCAGUACAAGUUCUUCAUUAACUUCAGGCCGUGGUGGACCGAGCCUCAGAUGCCUCAUCUUGGCCCAGAGGAUGAGGAUGUCGCCAGGGAGAGAGAGAGGGUCAUAAGUGGCAAAGCACAAUCAGACAUCCUCACCAUGAUAGACCUCAGCAAGGUUUAUAAAUCAGGCAAGAAGCCGGCCGUGGAUCGUCUCUGCCUCGGGAUUCCCCGUGGGGAGUGUUUUGGUCUGCUGGGGGUGAACGGAGCAGGGAAGACCUCUACCUUUCGCAUGCUGACAGGAGACACGGACGUCACCUUCGGAGAGGCUUUCCUUAAUCAGUACAGUGUAUUGACGGAGAUGGAGCGAGUCCACCAGCUGAUGGGUUACUGUCCACAGUUUGAUGCCAUCAGCGACCUGCUGACAGGUCGGGAACAUCUGGAGCUGUACGCCCGUCUGCGAGGAGUGCCAGAGGAGUCUGUUGCUAAGGUGGCUCAGUGGGGGGUGAAGAAGCUGGGACUGUCCCAGUACGCUGAGCGGGAGGCUGGAGGCUACAGUGGAGGCAACAAAAGAAAACUCUCCACUGCCAUCUCCCUCAUCGGGGCUCCGCCUGUUAUAUUCCUGGAUGAGCCCACCACUGGCAUGGACCCAAAAGCCAAAAGGUUUCUGUGGAACUGCAUCCUCAGCGUAACCAAAGAGGGAAGAGCUGUAGUUCUCACCUCCCACAGUAUGGAGGAAUGUGAGGCUCUUUGCACCAGAAUGGCCAUUAUGGUCAACGGCAGAUUCCAGUGUCUCGGAUCUGUACAACACCUGAAGAACAGGUUUGGUGAUGGCUACACCAUCAUCCUUCGCCUAGCGGACACAAAAUCUGACCCAGACUCAUGCCCCAUCAGCACUUAUAUGAAGAGCUCUUUUCCCAGCAUCGAGCUGAAGGAGCGCCACCAGAGCGUGCUGCAGUACCAGCUGCCAUCGCAGGCAUGCUGCCUAGCUCGUGUCUUCGACGUGCUGGCCAACAACUAUGAGGAGCUGGGUGUCAUCGACUUCUCUGUUUCACAGACCACCCUGGACCAGGUGUUUGUCAACUUUGCCAAAGAGCAGACAGAUGACGACCUCCUCACAGAUGUGGUCGUCAGCAACAGAACAGUACAGAGCAACCUGACUGCGCCUCCUGCCAGGAUUAACACUCCCACCAUCCAACCACAGCCGCCAAUCACACCCCCUCAACCGAGCAAGACUACACAGCAGCAGGGAAAAUCAACUGACAGCAAACCGAAAGAGGGCAAAUCAAAAAAGACAAAACCUGGUAAGGUCAAAUCUAAAGAAAGCAAAGCUAAUGGAGAGAAAAGCAGCAGUAUGGUAAUGACCAAAGUACCUCAGAGAGAGCAGAAGGCUCAGAGGAAGAGUCGGAGGGGGAGCAGUGGAUCGGACAGCAGUAAUACUGGAGUUCAGGGAGAAUCCAGUAAAUCCAGUGGGUCCAAACAUAAAACAGAAUACUCCAGUAAAAGUCCAUCUGCACUCUUUAUAGUCGACGGCAACACACAGGACAGUGCACUGUAAAGUGGACUGGUGCGACACAAGCAGAGGUUCAUAGGACCAACUACAGUCGAAAGCUUUUUAUUACUCGUUCUUGUGCAUUUUAAUGUUUUUCAGUGAUGGCAGCAACCUCAAUAUGCAACAUAGAAAGACACAGCUCAUCGGAGUAAGAAGUAGAAAAGAUGGCAUUGAAAGUCACUAUUAGAGGUAAAUGUAUCCCCUUGGCCUCCUCUGAAGAAAGACAGGUGAGUACUUCCUAAAAUGGCUUUCGUGCCUUGUUCACCUUGUUAACAUAUCUGUAGCUUUCUAACCUGUAUUUGGGUUUAUAAAUCUUACACUGUGUCUUCUCUUUCUGUAUCAAACUCAUUAGCCCAAAGCUAUUUAUCCUGAAAAAAUAUUAUGCAAGGCUCAAUGUAAGAUCAAGGGGUGGUGUUCCUCAGGGCUCAAUCAUUAGACCCCUCACUAUCGCAUCUUUAUUUUGCUGAAAGCACUUUAAAAAAAGAAAAUGCUGCAAAAUCUCAAACAGUAAGUGGAGCAUGUUACAUUUGAUUAUUAAGAUGGUUUUAUGUGUCAGAAAGCAGACAAUAUACAGUAUCUCUUAUAUGGAGAGAAUUCUUACUGCAAGUUCAUUGUGAAAUAUUUAAUGAUGAACUUUACAAGUGUUAUUGUCAAUCAAGAGUUCAUGUUGUCUUCUAUCUGUCAAAAAUGUUUUUGUUUUUGUAUUUUUUGUUUCUUAUUUUGUGUGAUUGGGUAACAGUGUCACUGUCCAAACAGGGGGAAGAAAAUCUUUACUUCUGCCUGGUAUUUGCUGUCAUUUUGGUUAUUUAGUAAUUAAAUCAUGUUUAGUUUUUCAUCGUUAUAUACAUAACAUACUGGUCUAACAUAUUAACUGCAGAUUCUCUUGAUAGUUCAGGAUGUCUUAAUUUAAGAAUUUUCAAAUUAUAAAACUAUUGAAAAGGUCCAGACACACAGGUAUGACUCUAGGCUGUUGUAGCUUCAUUUUACAUUACGCCAAACUACAGCACUCCAAAUUUAAACAAAGAAAUGAUAAUAGAUAAAAUAAUUCAGUCUGAGCUGCAAACACCAGACACAACAACAUUGCCUUGGGUCAACAGUUGUUAUGUUUUUUAUUUGUUUACGUUUCUUUUAAUAAACUCUGAAUUUCUUUUUCUUCUUUUUUUUUUCUAUCAAAAAAUGACACCGCUGACUGAAUGUCCAAAGCAGGUUGUUACUGCACUGUAACAUAUUCUAAAGAUUGUUAAAAUAGUAACUUUAGGCAUGAGACAAACAUAAAGUAUCAGAAGGGUUUCAUUCCAAAAUGCAAACUAUUACAACAUAAAAUUUUAUGUUUAAAAAGGUUAAUUUAUUAAAAAGAAAAAGAAGAAGAGGAAGAAAAAGCUAAAAUUAUGCAGAACUUAAGCAUUAAGAUGGAUUAAAAUUAUGGAUGUGUCAUUUUGAAAUGAAAGUUUGUACUUCUGAAUGUACUUAUAAGGUAUUAUGCUUGAAAAGUUGUACUUGAACAUUAAUUAAUCUGUGCAUCUACUAUAAGAUGAUCAUUAUAUACUGAGGAUGUGCUAGUAUAGAAAAGAAAAACGGGUAUAUGUCUGUUGUGAAUGUUUUGUCCUGAAGGAAAAUAAAACUAUAUGGUUUCCUGUACUCUUUUAAAAAAAAAUAGUGUGCUGUACGCUUUGAGUCCAGUUUGUUGUUUUUGAUUAAUCACUGCAGCGUGUUGGAAGUCAGGAGGUUUUUCUUCGUCAUAGUGAGGAUGAGCAUUGGUUUUGGUGCAGAUAAAAGUGGAGGGAGCCUCAUCUGUCU